UUUCUUCCACAUCCUCUGCCUCCUAUUCUUCCUCCAGGACUGACUCUCAUGGAGGCGAAGAACUGUACCAUGGUGACUGAGUUUGUCUUGUUGGGAAUCCCACACACAGAGGGACUGGAGAUGAUACUUUUUUUCUUAUUUUUGCCUUUCUAUGCCUGCACUCUGCUGGGAAAUUUGUCUAUCCUUGUGACUGUUAUUUCUUCCACUCCCCUUCACACACCCAUGUAUUUCUUCCCGGGGAAAUUGUCUGUGUUUGACAUGAGUUUCUCCUCUGUGACUUGUCCCAAAAUGCUGCUCUAUCUUAUGGGGCUGAGUCGACUCAUCUCUUACAAAGACUGUGUCUCCCAGCUCUUCUUCUUCCAUUUCCUUGGGAGUAUUGAGUGCUUCUUGUAUACUGUGAUGGCCUAUGACCGCUUCACUGCCAUCUGUUACCCUCUGCGGUACCCAGUAAUCAUGAGCCCUAGAAUCUGUGUUGUUCUAGCUGCUGGCAUAUGGCUGUUAGGCUGCAUCCAUUCCAGUAUCUUGACUUCCCUCACCUUCACUUUGCCAUAUUGUGGUCCCAAUGAAGUGUAUCACUUCUUCUGUGAUAUCCCAGCACUCUUGCCCUUGGCUUGUGCUGACACAUCCUUAGCCCAGAGGGUGAGCUUCAUCAACGUUGGUCUAGUAUCUGUUGUCUGUUUUCUCCUAAUCCUUGUAUCCUACACUCGAAUCACAGUCUCCAUCUUGAGUAUUCAUACUACUGAGGGCCGUCAUCGUGCCUUUUCCACCUGCAGCACCCACCUCAUUGCCAUCCUGUGUGCCUCUGGACCCAUCAUCACUGUCUACCUGCAGCCCACACCCAAUCCCAUGCUGGGAACUGUGGUUCAGAUUCUGAUGAAUCUGGUGGGACCGAUGCUGAAUCCUUUGAUUUACACCUUGAGGCAUAAGGAAGUAAAAAUAACCCUGAAAAAAAUAUUGCACAGGCUAUGUUCCUGAGAGUUAGUAAAAGCUGAUGAAUGGGCACAGGGCGUGG